CAUUGCAAAGAACGGGAAUUCCAGUAACUUAAUUGUGCUUAUGAGGAACCUGCACACAGAGCAAUAGGAAGUUGUUAGAACAGAACACGAGGAUGUUGUGUGGUUUAAAGUCAAGAAAGGUGUGUGACAGGGUUGUAUCAUUUCACCAUACUUAUUCAAUCUGUAUGCUGAGCAAAUAAUCCCAGAAGCUGGACUAUAUGAAGAAUGUGGCAUCAGAACUGGAGGAAGUGUCAUUAACAACCUGAGAUAGGCAGAUGACACCACAUUGCUUGCUGAAAGUGAAGAAGACUUGAAGCACUUACUGAUGAAGAUCAAAGACUAUACAGCCUUCAGUAUGGGUUAUACCUCAACAUAGAACAGAAAUCCUCACAACUGGAUCAAUAUGCAACAUUAUGAGAAAUGGAGAAAAGAAAGAAGUUGUCAGGGACUUCGUUUUAAUUGGCUUUACAGUCAACAUCCAUGGAAGCGCAGUCAUGAAAUCAAACAACGCAUUGCAUUGGGCGAACGUGCUGUAAAAGAUCUUUAAAAAAAAAAAAAAGAUCUCUUUAAAGUGUUAAACAGUAAAGACGUCACUUUAAAGACUAAGGUGUGCAUGACCCAAGCCAUGGUGUUUUCAGUUGCUUCACAUGCAUGUGAAAGCUGGACAGUGAAUAAGGAAGACCAAAGAAAAAUUGAUGCCUUUGAAUUAUGGUGUUGGCAAGGAAUAUUGAAUAUACCAUGGACUGCCAGAAGAAUGAACGAUCAGUCUUGGAAGAAGUACAGCCAGAAUGCUGUUUGGAAGCAAUGAUGCAAGGCAUCCUGUUGAAAGUGGCUGAAACAAUCAAAAGUUGGAUUUCAUUUUCUCAGUGCAGUAAGAAUGAUGACUUACUUCAUAAGUUGGUGGAGCCAUCCUCAUUCUUCGGUGAUACUAGGACUGUGGAUAUUGGAUUCCGACUCGACUCACUACAUACCAUCCUGCAACAGGAAGUCCUGUUGCAAGAGGAUGUGGAGCUGAUUGAGCUACUUGAUCCCAGUAUCCUGUCUGCAGAGCAACCUCAACAACAGGAAAAUGGACACCUUCCAACACUUUGCUCCCUGGCAACCCCUAAUAUUUGGGAUGUCUCAAUGCUUUUUGCCUUCAUUAGUUUGCUGGUUAUGCUUCCCACUUGGUGGAUUGUAUCUUCCUGGCUGGUAUGGGGAGUGAUUCUAUUUGUUUAUCUGGUUGUAAGAGCUUUGAGAUUAUGGAGGACAGCCAAACUACAAGUGACCCUAAAAAAGUAUAAUGUCCAUUUGGAUAAUACAGCAGCAAAGAGCCGAGCUUUUACAAACCUUGUGAGAAAAUCAUUGCGUCUCAUUCAAGAAACUGAAGUCAUUUCCAGAGGAUUUACACUUUUGCUUGACAGGGUCAGUGCUGCUUGCCUAUUUAAUAAAGCUGGACAGCAUCCCAGUCAGCAUCUCAUCGGUCUUCGGAAAGCUGUCUACAGAACUGUAAGAGCCAACUUUCAAGCAGCAAGGCUAGCUACUCUAUAUAUGCUGAAAAACUACCCCCUAAACUCUGAGAGUGACAAUGUAACCAACUACAUAUGUGUGGUGCCUUUUAAGGAGCUGGGCCUUGGACUUAGUGACGAGCAGGUUUCAGAAGAGGAAGCUCAUAACCUUACAGAUGGCUUCAGCCUGCCUGCCUUGAAGGUAAUCCAUUUGUGGAAGAGAAGGGCUGAAGAAAAGAUAGAGGUUUUGUUCCAACUCUGGGUGGCACAGAGUUCAGAAUUCUUCAGACGGUUGGCCCUAUUACUUUCUACAGCGAAUUCACCUCAUGGGCCCUUACUUACUCCAGCACUUUUGCCUCAUCGUAUUUUGUGUGAUGUGAUUCAAGGUCUACCUCAUGCACAUUCUGCCUGUUUGGAAGAGCUAAAGCGUAGCUAUGAGUUCUAUCGAUACUUUGAAACUCAACACCAGUCUGUACCCCAGUGUUUAUCCAAAACCCAACAGAAGUCAAGAGAACUGAAUAACGUUCACACAGCAGUACACAGCUUGCAGCUCCAUCUGAAAGCAUUACUGAAUGAGGUAAUAAUUCUUGAAGAUGAACUUGAAAAGCUUGUUUGUACUAAAGAAACACAAGAACUAAUGUCAGAGUCUUAUCAAAUCCUAGAACAGAAAUUAAAGUUAAUUCAGCCCCAUGUUCAAGCAAGCAACAAUUGCUGGGAAGAGGCCAUUUCUCAGGUGGACAGACUGCUACGAAGAAAUACAGAUAAAAAAGGCAAGCCCGAAAUAGCAUGUGAAAACCCACAUUGUACUGCAGUACCUUUGAGGCAGCCUACUGUGCACAUUGCAGACAAAGAUCCAAUUCCUGAAGAACAGGAAUUAGAAGCUUAUGUAGAUGAGAUAGAUAUGGACAGUGAUUUCAGAAAGGAUGAUUUUUAUUACUUGUCUCAAGAAGACAAAGAGAGGCAGAAGCGUGAGCAUGAAGAAUCUAAGAGGGUACUCCAGGAAUUAAAAUCUGUGCUGGGGUUCAAAGCAUCAGAAGCAGAAAGGCAGAAGUGGAAACAACUUCUCUUUAGUGAUCAUGCUGUGUUGAAAUCCUUGUCUCCUGUAGACCCAGUGGAACCCAUAAGUAAUUCAGAAUCAUCUAUGAAUUCAGAUAUGGGGAAAGUUGGUAAAAAUGAUACUGAAGAGGAAAAUAGUAAGCCCUCCACAACUGCCAGUGAAAUAAGUAGGACUGAGUAUUUAUGUGAAAACCCUCUAGAGAGUAAAAAAAACAAAGACAAUUCUGUGAAUGAAAGCUUCCUCCAAGGAGCUGAAGAAAGAGUGUGUUACCAGUAUAAGAGUGAAGAUGAAUCUCAGCAGGCAGAAGUAGGUGACAUAGCCAUCACCCAGCCAACUCCUAAGGACCCAGUACACCCCUCCGUCAAGCAGAGGCUGGCACGGCUGUCACCGGAUUUUACCUUCACUUCCGGCCUCGCUGCAGAAGUGGCUGCUAGAUCUCUUUCCUUUACCAACAUGCAGGAACAGACUUUUGGUGAUGAAGAGGAGGAAGAAGAGCAAAUAACACAAGAAAUUAAAAAUGGGACAGAAGAAAAAUAAGAGUCAAGGUUCACAUGAAGGAUUUUAUAUUCUUCUAUUUAUUAAAGUGUUUUAGCUUCAACGCUAGAUAUUAUUUCACUGGAAAGGGAAAGUGAGUGUAAGUUUACAAAUACACGUAAGAUAAUGAAUUUACAGGAAGAACCCUGGUUUGAAAAAUUGCUCUGAAAAUAGUAGUUACCUGUAAAUGGCAGAUCUUUUGGGAAAAUAAGAGAAAGGUAAGGGCCGUCUUAAAGAAAUUGCAAUUUUAUUUGUGGCACAACUGAUUGAUCAUGGAAUUCUUUUCGUACUUCUAAUAAGAAAUGAAUUUAUCAUUUCUUGCCUGAAUUUGCUAGCAUAAGGUGACUGGGAUAAGAACAUUAACAUUUAGUAUGACUCCUUUUUACUGUAUUCUUGCAGUUAAUAACUGCAGCUAUUAUGUUAAUAACAAGUUGUUUGUAUUCUUCUUGUUUAUACCAGUCAUAAAACAAAGAUACAGGUUCUGAAUAAAAAAAAAAUUUAAUUGAUACAAUUGAUGUGUGCUGGGAUUUGGAACUAAAAAGUAGUUUCAAAAGUACAUGACAUGUUCCAUAUGUUUCUUGAAUAUAUGUGUAUUCAGUGGUUAAUUUUAAGAUGUCUCAUGUACUUUAGACAUGUUAUCAGGAGGGACCAGUCCCUGGAGAAAGACAUCGUGCUUGGUAAAGCAGAGGGUCAGUGAGAAAGAGGAAGACCCUCAAGGAGAUGGAGUGACACAGUGGCUGCAAAAACGGACUCAAACAUAGCAACAACUCUGAGGAUGGUGCAGGAUUGGGAAGUGUUUCGUUCUGCUGUGUAUAGGGUCUCUGUGAGUCGGAAUCGACUCCACAGCACCUAAUAACAACAAUGAUAUUUAAAAGAAAAACUUUUUACCAUUUUAAGAAUAACCUUUUUCAUUUUUUUGUGUUAAUCACUUCUUCAGUUCUUGUUGCAGCUAUAAGAGAUGAUGUCAGAGUACAAUCCCUGUGGUUCAAGGGCCCAUCCUUAGCUUUACAGAAAAUUCAUUUUAUUAGUUUACCUGGAGAUAACUGGGCGUCAUUAACGUAAGGCGCUCACAGUGUUGCUUGAGGCUAUCCCCUGUCCGCCUUGGUGGGUCAGCAAAUAUCCUGUCAGCUUCCUGGAAAGCAUACUGUCUCCUUACUGCUUCAUUUACUAACUACUUCUUAAAAGGGGUUGCUUUCCCAAUUGUCCAAUCUUAUCUAUUUUGUGUUGUGAUUGCAUUUUCAAAGAGUGGUAUUUUCAGGAGUACACAGUUUUUGAAACCUGUACCUCCUAUGCAAUGACAAAGCUUAUACCUAUUAUUUGAGGGAAAAUGUAGGAUUAAUUUAAUUUAUGCUCCUGUCCUAGAAAGAAAAUUACAUGAUGAAUCUAGAUUGUCUUUAACUUCCUAAAAACACAUUGGUAUUCCUAUAAUUUAAUGUUUCUAGUGAGUAAAGUCACUUUUACUGUUUUUAGCAUUACCGCAAAGAAUUUUUUUCAGUGAAUUAAGAAAAAAAACUUUUUUUAUCCUGAAGAAAGACUUGGUUCUGCUUUAAACGAAUAAGUAGAAAUCCUUUGUACUAUAAGUAAUUUUGCCUGUUGCCAAAAUCCUGAAACAACUGUAAUUAAGCUCUUAGGAGCAAUACCUUAGGGUAGGCCUAGCUUACCAUUUAGCUAAAUUUCAAGACAAAAAUUCUUGUGUUUCAACGGACAGUUCUCAAAUACCAAUACUUAGGGUUCACUUUCUUAUUUAAUUUAGUUUACUGACUCCUUUUUUCCUUAGAUUAAGAAGAAACAAUUAUGUAAAACUUGAUAAUCUUUCUCUUAGCUAUAAUCUUUCUCUUAACUCUUAGCAGGAAUAAUUAGAGUUUAAUCAUUUUUAAUUAUUUUACUGCCUUUUAUUUUUAUUACAACAGAUUUAAUGGAAUUUGGGGGAAAAUAUCCUAAUAAUAUUGUAUCAAUUUUUUUCAAUUUUUAAUCUUUAAAGACUAAGACAUUUUAAUUAGGAAUUCCAAAUCUUCCAGGCUGAUCUGUUUUAUUCACUAUUGCUUACUUGGUUCCAUGAAAAAACUACUAGUUGAAAUCAUGACAUAACGAUCUUGGAGCUUUAAGUGAAUAUUCUUUUUGUGUGUAGUUCCUCAAAAUUUCUUUCAUCUUUUAAAAGAUUCCCAAGAUAAAUAAUCUUUCCUGUGAGUAUAAUAUCCUAAUAUCCUUGACUAAUUUUUUCUUAGAAUACUUUAAGUCAGUGUUUCUCAGAUGUUUCAGUAGGAAACCUGCAUCAGAAUGACCUGGGGAGCUUUUUUUUUUUUUUAGUAACUUUUAUCGUGCUUUAAGUGAAAGUUUACAAAUCAAGUCCGUCUCUCACACAAAAACUUACAUACUUCUUGCUACAUACUCCCAAUUACUCUCCCCCUAAUGAGACAGCCUGCUCUCUCCUUCCACUCUCUCUUUUUGUGUCCAUUUCACCAGCUUCUAACCCACUCUACCCUCUCAUCUCCCCACCAGGCAGGAGAUGCCAACAUAGUCUUAAGUGUCCACCUGGUCCAAGAAGCUCACUCCUCACCAGCAUCCCUCUCCAACCCAUUGUCCAGUCCAAUCCAUGUCUGAAGAGUUGGCUUCGGGAAUGGUUCCUGUCCUGUGCCAACAGAAGGUCUGGGGGCCAUGACCACCGGGGUCCUUCCAGUCUCAGUCAGACCAUUAAGUCUGGUCUUUUUAUGAGAAUUUGGGGUCUGGAUCCCACUGCUCUCCUGCUCCCUCAGGGGUUCUCUGUUGUGUUCCCUGUCAGGGCAGUCAUCGGUUGUAGCCGGGUGCCAUCUAGUUCUUCUGGUCUCAGGAUGAUGUAGUCUUUGGUUCAUGUGGCCCUUUCUGUCUCUUGGGCUCGUAAUUACCUUGUGUCAUUGGUGUUCUUCAUUCUCCUUUGAUGCAUUCUCCAGUAGAUGCAUCUUAGAUGGCUGCUUGCUAGCAUUUAAGACCCCAGAUGCCACUCUUCAAAGUGGGAUGCAGAAUGUUUUCUUAAUAGAUUUUAUAAUGUCAGUUAACUUAGAUGUCGCCUGAAACCAUGGUCCCCAAAACCCUGCCCCUGCUACGCUGGCCUUGAAAGCAUUCAGUUUAUUCAGGAAACGUCUUUGCUUUUCGUUUAGUCUAGUUGUGCCGACUUCCCCUGUAUUGUGUGUUGUCUUUUAAGGGAGCUUAUUUUUAAAAUGCAGAUUCUAGGCCACACUUGAGUGAUUCUUGGUGGAUAAUUCUGGAAUGAAACCUAGGUGAUGUUUAUACACAGAAAAACUCUAAAUAUCUCUGUCCAGGACUUUGUUCUUGCUAUGAAUACCUUAGGAAAUAUGAACAAAAAGGUCAUUGAAUAUAAGUAGGUAUUCUUGUUUAUUACUUUUCUAAGAAUAUUUUACUUUGUGUUGUCUGACCUUUGACUAGUUUUAAUGGCUACCAUCCUAUAUCCAGAAAAAGCCCUCUGGGUAAAAAAAAAAAAAAAAAAAAACAUGUUGUGGGAAAAAUGUAUAAUUCUGCUCCCCAAAUUUUACAAUAUUAUUUUGAUAGAAUACUUUUCUUGUUAGGCGUAAUCAUCUGAUAGCUUUUAUUAUGAACAUUUCCAUAGUUUGUUUUAUGUGAGAGGCUGGGUCAUUCUUGAAGACAAGAUUUCUACCCUUUGCUCACAGUUAGGAAAAUAAUAAAUAAUUAGUUUUCAUUAAAACACUUCAUAUCUGCCAUAUGUAGGGUCAGACUCUUGCUGGUCUUUGUGAUCCUCUGCUUGUUUUUCACAUGUUAUCUGUAUUAUCUGACUUUAUAAGUUAAGUCCUCAUUAAAACUGUUUUCAUAGCAUCUAAAUAUAUUUCAUUGAGACCUGGUCCACUGACUCAAGUUUGAUUUCUUAAAUUAUUGAAGACAAGCAAGUUUCUUUGUGUUAUUUAAGGUAAAUUACUGAGGAAAUUUGAGAAUAUUUGAGAGUUUUAAGACUUUAAUACAGAAGAAACAGGCCUGAGUUUAAAUUUCAGAUCCUUCCGUUUGAGGCGAGUGUAGCCGACAUAAUAAUAAUUUGGGGGGUGGGCAUUUUUUCCAGCAAAACUCUUAUUUUCUGAAUCAUAAAAGGAUGUUUGUGAUUUCAGACUUCUCAGUAGUUCAAAAAGAAAUAAAGCUUUUGAGGCUGAAAAACAAGAUCUAGUUAUAAAUAUGUUUCUAAGAUAGAUCCAAAAAUUACAGGCUUAGUCUUCUUAGAAAAGAAUUACUAAUAUUUGGAUUCAUAAAAUAGAAGUUCUGAAGCUAUUAAUGUUAAAGGGUAAGAAGAAUCACAUUCUGAUAAAUUUCAUAAAAUCAUAUGUCAUUGGUGUUAAUCAGAAGCGACCCUAGAGGUCCUGUCACUCUGGUGACUCACAUUUUGCUUACAUACAUACCGUCAGUAAUGUGAACUAUGAAAUAUUUUGAUGAAUUUUUUAGAAAUCAUGUGAGAAAAAAUUCACUGAUAUAGUUUAAUCAGUGUUUUGUUUCAAUACUCAAAGUAAGAACUAAAUGCCAUAAGACUGGUAUAACUUAGCUGAAUUAUCGUUUGAACUAAAGUAUGUAUCACACCAUGAAUGUCAACCAGACAAAGCAUAAAGAUUGACUUAUUAUUUAUGCAAUUCACACUUUUAUUAGAAAAUGAAGCCACAAAUAUUUUAAAAAGAGAAAAUAGUGAAAAAGUACCCAAAGUAUAAUAAUUCAUUUAUCUAUCGUCAUUAACAGAUUAACUUGUAAAAGUUAAUUUUUCAGGUAAAUCCAUUUAAUUGUUGAAUUUAUUUUAAUACUUAAAUAAGAAAUUUUCUAAAACGUAUUUUCUACUCCUCCACUUUUUCUAGAGUACAUUUAACUUUUUCUUUUUCUAUUGAGGUAUAUAAUGUCCUAUGCCCCUUUACUACAUGACCGCACGUUGCUAUGCUUUUUGAGUUGUCUGUUUUUCACAGUUUCUCUAUCUUCCCUUAUAAUCAGCUGUCACUUUUUGCUGCUGUCUUGUGUGCUUGCCUCCUGCAAUGGGCCCCUAAUUUGCUGCUGCUAAUCUGCUGUGGCCUGAGAAACCAGAUUACCAAGCUUGCUAGAAUGGUGUCUAAAAUAAGAGUAAGUAGACUGAGAGAGGGCUAAGGGCCUUCUCUGUCAGUAAAGUGCAUGGAUUUGUGACACCUGUUUGGCUACUCAAUAUACUUUUGUUCGCCUCUUAGGUCUUUUCUAAGAACUUGCUAAAAGAUUUGGUUGAGUAUGUAAUUACCAUGUAUUUGAAGUGUUAAUUCAGUUUUUAUAUAUUUGUGUUUCUAGGACUCUCCAUUAUUGAAUUCAGCCUUUAAAAGAAAAACUAUCAUCUUUUUAUAAACCACUGUGUAUAUUUCAGGAAAAGGGUAAAUAUUUUGCUCUUGUUCAUUGUUCUUAGUAUGGUAUACAAAUUUAAAAUUAAAAGCACUUUAAUUAUAACUUCAAUUCUGUUCACCCUGACUUAGAGUUCUAGAAGUGUUGGUUUGAGACUAAACAUGCAUGGCUAAUUUUGUAAGAUCUGGCUAACUGAAUAUUUGGGAAUGAGUCAUUCUAGGUAUCCCUGUUUUCUAUAAAGCUUAAACCUCCUUAAGCAUCAACAUUUUUUAGAAUAAUUUCUGGAGAAAAUCUUUAUAAAACUUACAUACAUUACUGUCUUCUUAAAUAAUAUACAAAAUACAUUUUAGUCUUUUUCAGUGUCAAAAUGAUCAUUAUUAACACUAGUUAAUAAUGACUGCCUAACUGAUUGAUUAAUUGGACUCUGAGAGCUAUUUGCCCCUAUAGUAAAUGGCUCCAUUCUGCUAUGCUUUUUUAGUUUUUAUGGCUUUGUGUUCUUAGUCCUUCUGAUUCCUCCAUUUAUGUUACUGCUUGCUUAAGUGUGUCUGUAGCAGUAGCUGUUCUCCACCUUCAUGAUGCUGCUUCUAGUCUGCUUUGGUUUUAAAAACCAGAUGACUGAACCAGUUAGAAUUAUGUGUAAAUUAAGAGUAAAAUGAUUCAGAAUGAAGACCUAAAGAACUUAAUUAUACCUAAGUACAUGAAUUUUGUGACAUUUAUUAGUUACUAUCAGUUUUUUUUACCAGUUUCACCUAUAUCUAUAAAAUAAGUGAAGUUACUGGAUUAGAUACUUGCACUCAAAAUAGAAGAGUUGUUAUUAUAUAAAAGGAACUCUUGUUUCUUUACAAAACCAAACCCAUUGCCAUCAAGUCAAUUCUGACUUACAGCGGCCCUCUAGGAUAGGGUAGAACUGCCCCGCCUUUCUCCUAGGGAGCAGCUGGUGAGCUGAAACUGACCUUUUGGUUAGCAGCUGAGCACUUUAACCACUGUGCCACCAGGGCUCCUUCUGUAGUUUACCUUUUCUAAAGUUAGUUUUGUAUUCUAAUUUCUUAGCUCUGAUUAAAACCAGUUCACUUGAGUUAACAUUUUCAAUAAUAUUUUCUAUUUGAAUUGGAUACCUCGUGGUGCUAAAAGUUUCUUUGGUUAGGUUUUUGGCCUUUUUUUUUUUUUUUUAACCCACCCCAGAGAAAUGUAUCUCCGUCUUCAAAUCGAAGUAGAUUGAGGCCUGAAAAAUAAGAAAACAUUCAUCACUGAUAUCAAAGCAAUGAGAAGUAAUAAGGUUUUUAGACUCCAGGCAAUUAUACCACAUUUAUUCUUUGAUUUAUUUUCAUUCAGUUACAGGAAAUAUAUGAUAAAAGCUUGCCACACAUCAGUGUUAAAGCUGAUGAUACUGACAGAUAUUUGAAUGACUAAGUUUCCACUGUCAUUCUGUAUUUUGGCCUGUUUAAAUUAUCAUUUAAUUUGUUAAAUAAUCAAGCAAGAUGACUUUUAUUUUCUUGAAUAAAAAAUAAACAUGAAAUUUGCACAUUACAGUGUUUGAAAUUAAAAUUUAUAUUUAUCUAGAAAGGGAAAAUAUUUGAACAACAACUUAGUUUUCCCAACAGGCUGAUUGUGUUUAGUAACUAUGUGUUGAUUUAUCUUUCUAUCAUAGACAAAGUAAUUAGAAAAUCAAUCUCUAUAUCUUAUGGCCAUGUCUCAUAAUCAGCUUUCAGUUAGCCAUGCUAACGGAAGGGAGCUAUGAUACAAUAAUCAUAAAAAAAAAUAGGUGACCUAAACAAAUUUCUUGAAUUGAGAAUGCCAUUACAGAAGACACAGUCAGGAUGCUAAACCCAUGUUAGUGGUACAGGGAGAAAAGUUCUCUCUAAGUAUUAUUUGUGAGAGGAAAGUGAUCGUGCUCAGUGUAAAAAAAAAUAAUAAUUUUUUUUUUUACACUAUUCCUAUAAAUCAAAAAAGGGAUGAAUUUUUUCCAGAUUCAUAUAUAAACCAAAGUUUGACAUGUAUAAGGAAAAGGUGAUUUUGUGGAUAUCCUAAAAUGUAAUAAAUGAAAAUGGUUAUGGUUUUUUUAAAAGGCUGUACAUUUUAAUAUAUUUUAGACUAUCAGCAAUUAAAUUAGUGUAUCUUAUUACUAUUUGUUGACUUUCAGUUGGCACGUACGAAACAUGUUAUUACAAUAGGACAGUGUUUAAAUUGUGUAUACUUCUGACUUCACUACCAUUAAAAGUGUAUAUAUUCUUUGGGGUAUAGUUGUAAAAAUAUACUUUUCUCAUAUUUAUAUCUUGAGUUUCUCAAAGAAAUAAUUUUAUUAUUUGAGAUUUUAUGGUUUUCAUUUUUGUAACAUUUCCUAAAGGUUGGCUACCUACAAAUGAGUUUAUUUUUGUUAGUGAACAUUUUUCUAAAACUAAAACAUAUCUUUUACAAGUUUACUGUUUUAUAAAUCCUAAGAAAUUACAUAUCCUUUUCCUGUUCCAAAGUAAAUUCUUAAAGAAGUUACCUCUAUUUCUAAAUCAAAUUAUUUUCUGCACUUUUAUCUCAACGACCUGUACCUCCUGUUCAUACUAUAACUUAAAUAAUGCUUACUCAGGCACAGUACUAGCAUCUGACAAUGGUCACAAGGCUCCAGAAAUGUCACUCCCGUCCCUUAAAGGCUGGUGUGUGGUCCUGGUACAGCCCCGAAGGUCCAUAUGAGUGAAAAACCCAGAAGUCUACUUGACUGAAAGCACUCCCGUGGAAUUUGGUUUUGUUUGGGUUUGUUCUAGGUAUGGUCCCAGGGAUCCCAGAUCAAACCAGGCCCCUGGGCCUAUCCUAGAACCAACCUAAACUCUUGCAUCAUUCCUGGAGCAUCGAGAGUGUGAAGACCGAAGAUAACUUGACACUGACCAGACGUCCCGCGUUCACCAGGAGGCAGAUUUUUUUUGAAUGUGUGCCUAUAUUUUAGCAACAAUCGGUUAAAUUCUUCUAAAACUAGAAGAAUAACAGCUGGUAACAAGAUAAAGUGCUUCCCAGACUUUGACAUUAUAAUAAUUUCUCACAAUAGAAAUUCUACAUGGUUAUUACUAACUACUGGUGAGGCGAAUUGUCGUGUGACUUUUACUAUCAGAUCUCUAUUUUUAGUUGAAGCAACUUAGCCAUUGGGGGGGUGGUUCCUCAAAAAUUAAUGAUUUGUUUUUCUUUUUCUCAGAGACUUUUUACUGAACAUUGUAUCAGUCUCAUUUAACUGAACAAUUUUUCACAGUUUCCAAAGUACAUUUGGUCUUUUUCUUCUGGCCCCCGUGCUAAAUGCUUUGAAACUUUUGUUUCUAGAAACUAACGCUUUUUUUCCUUUUAUCUCUAAUGGAAUCCGCCACACUGCCCUGAGCUCCCUUUUAGAGGUUCAGAUCUGGAAAGAACCUUGGCGUCGUCCAUAGACACACCAUCACUUAUUAGACUCAUUUUAGGCUACAUUUCAGAAUCUGCUAUGGCCAAUGAAAAAAGAGUGGUAGGGAAGUGGGUUAAAACCUCAGUUUACAUCAGUAUUUUGCAGAGUAAGAUUUUUAGUAUGUUUCUUUUUUUUUUUCGUUCCCUGCUCCUCUGUAUUUUUAAAAAUAUUUUGACCUAGUUGAUUCAUCACAUGAUUUCACAUCAUAACCACUUCUCAGUGAAACAUUGUCAUAGUCACAUACAUACUUUUCUGUUAAUUUGGAAGACAGGAUUUCUGAAAAGGCAUGAAAGGAACCUAAAUCCAAAGGCUGUGGUUGCACAAUGCAAAUGUAUACUUUAGAUAAUGGUGGCUUCUUCAGGUUUAGAUCAUAUUUGAAAUACUUGUGACCAGUCAGGGACUCCAGAUGUGAAAGGAGCCUAAAAAUGUUCUAUUCCUCCAAGCCUUGUCACACCAGCAAAACUGGGUCAGUGGGUUGGUUAUCCUUUAAAAUAGGACUGUGAGAGUAGAACUGCCCCAUAGGGCUUCCAAGGAGUACCUGGUGGUUUCAAACUGCUAACCUUUUGGUUAGCAGCUGUAGUUCUUAGCCACUAUGCCACCAGGGUUUCCUGAAGAACUCAGUCCUGGGGUUAGUUCUAUACUGUCUUUAUCACAUAAAUCCUUCAUCCCAUGGAUUCUGUGUUUUUGCCUUUUAAAUCAUCUUAUGUUUGUUUACCCUUCUCUCAAUUUUUUUUUAUGUUUGUUUACCCUUCUCUCAAUGUUUUCUUUCUUACACAGUGUUUUCCUGUCUGCAUAAGUGAAGACAUUGUACAAGUUACUAUGUGUAUAUAAUCUCUUGUUUGAUAAAACAGUGGACUUUGGAUCUAAUGAUCUUUGAGGUUUGGUUCCUUUUAAAGCCAAAUGAUUUAAAUGAUUCUUAAUGUCUUAUAAAUUCACUCUUAAUUUGUGCCUCAAUUCUUCUCAUUCAUUUUUCCAUGAUAAGCUGUAAGGAAUUAAAUAGAUGAGCUUUACAGUGGUUUUAUUAUAUUCUGUAUUCCCUAAACAUGAAAACACUGUAUUCUACUAAUCUUGAUCAGUGUACCAACAUGUGAGCAUAGUUACCUGUAUUUCUUGAGGUAUCCUGAAAUGAGUGGACCCACAAUAAGUAAUUCUUUUGGGGGCCAAUGUAAUUGCCAAUGUAAUUCUUUUUGGGGCUUUUGCACUCUGUCUUAACACUGUUAAUUGUAAACACUGAAAAUAGGAAUUUGUGAACUGUCGUACAGAGUUUUUAAAAUCUGCCAUCAUUUAAGAUACUUUUGGAGUGUUAAGCUAUAUUUUUAAUAUCAUUCGAGAAUAUUGUUUCAGAGAUAUUUUAAUUUUUACAUUUUGAUCACUUGUGUUUUAUGCGUUAGAACUGUACAUUUCCUACCCUACCUGAAGACUUGAGAUUAUAGCCUUUUUAAACAUAAUUCUUUCCUCUAAUCAUUUUCUGUGUUUUAUCACAUUGAAUUUUUGUCCACUAUUUAAAAGGAUUUUACAAGAACCCAACAGUAGGUUUAUAUGUGUCUGUACUAUUGCUUUUCUUAAGCUUAAGAAGUCUCUAAUAAAGUCUGUACUUCUCCUUUUGGUGUGUAUACUUUUUUAUUGUGAUGUUUGCAACAUGAGUUAAGUAGCCACCCAGUAAAAAUCCCUUCCUCUUUCUCUUCCUUCUCUUUUUCUUCCAUUAUAUUAUUUUUCAGAAUUUGUCAAUAUACCCAAAAAGACAAGCAAUAGAUUGGGAAAGCUUCAGUUCAUUAGCCUAAGUUUUAUUUGAUCAUUCAAGUGCCUCACAUAAUUAUAUAUCUCAGUGAAAACAGUGGUUUGAAUUUAAAAGUUCAUUUUCGCCAUUCCCAGUGACUUUCAGCCAUUUGGAUACAUUCCAUUCAUGUUAUAUUUGUUGACUUAUAUUACCUCCCUGACAGAAAAGAUAUACUGACACUGAAAAGAAAGUUAACAUCCAAUGGACCAUACUUCGUCCUCUGUAAAUGAAUGAAUGGAUUUAAACCUGUUCAGGCUUCCCUACACUCUUGGGGACUUGUGGAAACUCCAAAAUUGCUCUGCAGACUUAGUGCUGGUUAAAGAGAAAGUGGUCUUCCUUGAACCAAACUGUUAAAUAAAUAAGCCACCUCUUUCAAGAAAAGUUUUGAGACAGUAAGGCAGUUCUCGAAAUUUGGUUUUUUGGAGAUAAGGUAGGAUGCAGGUAGUUACUUUACCUGACUCUGAAGUCAUUGGGUAGGAAAUACCCCAUGUGGUAAUCAUUCCUUGUCUUUACAAUUUGCUUUUGAAGGUCUUUAGCAGAUGUGCUGUAACCAUUGAAAAUAAAGUUGGCAAAUAAUAAUUUUCCACGAAUAUACAUCUGUAAAAAUAAAUAGACUUUCAGAAUCUGAUCAUAUGAAAAUUAGUCCUGUUUGAAGGAAAAUCUUCACGUGUCCCUAUGAGAAAAUUUUUAUGUUUAUACACUCUAAUAUUAGACAUUCAUCAUUCAUGGAGCCUGAAUAUACUAUCUGAAGAAAGCAGGCUUUGAAGUUGUAUCACUUAAAGUCACACACAUGAAUAGGUGGAGCCAGUGUCCUAGCCACUUCUGAAAUACACCAGUGCCUGUUGGUAAUCAUGAUAUGCUGCCUAUGUAUACAUUUCAUUCUGCAGCACACAGGAAACAGCUAGGAAACAGCACACAGCCCUAGAAUUUGGAAGGCAGUAGACUUGGACUCUGGGCAAAACUACUUCUCUAAAACGCAGGCAAAUCAUUUAACCAUGUUGAUCCACAGUUUCCCCUAUUAAAAAAAAAAAACUAAUCCUGUCAUUUUUUAACUGAACUAGACCUCUAAAAGCCUCUUCUAGCUCCAAAAUUCUCUGAUUUUCUUAAUAAAGAGAUACAAUACUGAUAAGUAAAGCCACGUUUGCCGUCUGCUCUGGUGCAAGGAAAAAUUAUUUUUAGACACAAGGAACUGCUUGAGAAUACAGAUUCAACUUGUAGAGAUUGGGGAGAAAGAAGAAGGUGGCAGAUGGAGACAGUCUAAGAGUACUGGUUUCAGCACAGAACUUAGUAACUGCUAAGAACUAAGUUCUUCUUGUGCACCACAACCUAUCAGACACAGCCACCUGUGAAGUGGAGUAUUCCCACUUCACAUAUCCUUGGCUUACAGAGUUGCAGUGAUAAUAAAAUGAGAUUGUUGUUAGUUGCUGUCGAGCUGAUUCCCAGUGGAUGGGUUUGAACCACCAUCCUUUAGGCUAGCAGUCAAGCAAAACCAUCCUAGGGACCUUAAAAUGAGAUUAAUACAUGUCAAACGCUUACAAUGAUACUGGCUGCUGUUCUACUGGAAAGUUUUUGCCUGUAUUUUAGUGGUGCAUCUCUUCAGGUCUGCCUCCUGGGCCAUUGCAUUCCUCCUAGGUUGUGAUGUUCACCACCUUAGCCAUCCUCAGCUGUUGUAAUAAGAGUCAAGUGCUUAAAGAUUAUAAUUGACCAUGUCAAUGAAUCUUUUUGUUCACUUUGUAUUGGUUGCGGUUAUGAGAAUCUGUUCAGUCGUGAGUGCAUUGCAGUAGCUCUGAGGGUUUAAUUUGCUGUUUCAGUACACAGCUCCUGCUGAGUUCCUACAGCUGCAAAAGCAAAGCUGUUUUCAGUGGAGUAGCUGUCCACUUUAACCCUUAUAAGCCACACUUUAGGGCAGGAAGUAAUUCAUAUUUAUUUAUUAUGAUUUGUACCCCAUAGUAUACGUCCUGCUUUUCCUUUUUUUAAGGUUUAUGUUUUUGAUUUAUUACAUGUCAUGUCCCAAGAUACCUUCGGAAUGAAUGAAUACAUUUUUUGAAAAUAUAAGUAGUCGUGACAGCACGGGGUUCAGUUACGACGAUUAUGUGGUAAGUCGGUUGUGACAUGUCAGAUACCUUUUUUGUGUGUAGUUUUUAUUAUUGCCUUUUAUUAUCUGUAUCUUUAUAAAUCUGAUCUUUGAAAAUCUCCAAGUGAACAUCUGCGAAUGAAAAUAUCAGUAUGUUAGGUGCUGCAACAUUGGAUAUAGUACAUAUUUCUAAUGAUAAGAUGUACAAAAAAUAAUAAUACCAGGGUUGUACAUGCAGUUCAUGGUAACUGGAAUAUAUCAAAGUUGGGGACUACCUGAACUAUAAACUAUCUGAAUGGUUCAAAAAAAUUCAAAGAUUUUACAAGAUUUUGUUGAUGAUGGAUGGUAGCACAUGGAAAGAGUAUUUAGUUCCAUACACAUUUAUUGAGUGGGUCUCUUUGUAUUACACACAACCACCCUGUGAGAUAAGCACUCCCAUUUUAUAAGAAAAGUGGGUCUCUAAUAGGUUAAGUAGCCCAAAGUCUUUGUUUUAGGCUAAGUUCUCUAGAGGAGCAAAACCAGCGAAGUGUGUAUAUGUGAAUAUAUAUCCAGAAAUAUUUAUUACAAGGAAAUGGCUCAUGCAGUUGUGGAAGCUGGCAAGUCCCAAAUCUGUGGAUCAGGCGUCAGGCUAGAGGUUUCUGACUCACAUGGUUGCAGGGCUGAUGAACCCAAAAUUGGUAGGUCAGACAGCAGGCUGCUGGCUAACUGGGCUGCAGGAGCUGGUGAAUUCCAAAAUCUGCAGGUCAAACAGCAGACUGCUGGCUCAAGUCCCAAGAACCAGAGGUCAGAAGAUGACGAGUCAGAUGCAGGAUUGAGAGGUUAAGCUUUGCCAGAACAUCCAUAUAUAUUGGACGCGGGCCACACCCCCAAAGAAACUUCCCUUUCAAUUGAUUGGCUGCUCACAACAGAUCCCUUUCAAUUGAUUGGCUGCUCACAACAGAUCACAUGAUGAACAGUGAUUAUAUCAUAUUGGCUGAACCACUGAGAAUCAUGGCCUAGCCAAGCUGACACAUAACCUAAACCACCACAGUCCACCCUUUGUCAACCUGGCACCUGUACAUAUCUCCUUAAGACAAUUAUAAAGUCAUACUUGUGCCUAACAUAACUAAUGUGUACAACUAAAAAUGCACUAAACUAGCCCUGUUUAAAUCUUAUAUUUUAUAAUAAGUAAUGGAAUGUCUAUAUAUGCAUAUAUAUAUAUGGAUGAACAUACAUGCAUAACAAAACAAUGAAGAAAUACUGAAAAGAAUUAGUCAUUUCUGCAACUGGACACAUGACUGUGGCUGGUAUUUAGAACUACCAUCUUCCACCACCUAUUCCAUAUUCCAGUUACCAUCAGCAAGUACCUCAGCUGGUCAUGGUUCUUUGCCUGUUGGGGUAACCCAAAACUUCAUUUCUAAAGGGUCUAGGCCAUUAGUAGUCAUGUCCGAAUUGGGUUGCUGGAGUUUUCCAUUGAAUUUAAUUUCAGGAAAUGAUAGUAUUAAGAGAUGCCCUAAGGGAUCUCCAGUAUCCCAGACAUACUCGUCUUUACCAUUACGCAACACCAAUCUGAUUUCCCAAUGGUAGUCAGGAUCAAUCACAGCAGGCAAUAUAACUCCCUUCUUUGCCUGUUGAACCAGAGGCAUGAGGAGCCCAAAGUGGCCUGAUGGCAUUCUUAACUUCCAGUUCAAUGGUAUCAGUGUUGUCUCCAGGUGGGAGCAUUCCUCCCUUUGGAACUAAGACCUCUAGGCAUGCAGAGCAUAGUGUUGCGGGGACAGGAAGCAAAAAUUUUGUGAGUGCCUCACUCGGGGUAAUGGUGAGUGGUGGCACUCACAUUUCCACCCCUUGAUUCCUGGACCAGUGAAUCCUAGCUAUGGGAAAAACAGCACCAUAUAUUGGCCACUUGGUUUAGAGCAUAUACAACCUCCUGGAGAAUAUUGCCCCAACCCUGCAAAAAAGUAUUGCCACCUAGCUGGUGUCAUAAUUGUGUCUUUAGAAGGCCAUUCUAUCAUUCUAUAAAGUCAGCUCUUCAGAAUGAUAAUAUGGUAAGACCAGUGAGUUCCAUGAGCAUGGGCCUAUUGCCACACUUGAUUUGCUGUGAAGUGAGUACCUUGAUCCAAGGCAGUGCUGUGUGGGAUACCAUGAUGAUAGAUAAGGCACUCUGUGGGUCCAUGGAUGGUAGUUUUAACAGAAGCAUUGCAUGCAGGGAAGGCAAAUCUGUAUCCAGAGUAAGUGUCUAUCCCAGUAAGAACAAAACAGUGCCCUUCCCCUGAUGGAAGGCAUCCAAUGUAAUCAACCUGCUACCAGGUUGCUGGCUGAUCUCACCUUCCUCAUACUUCCUUGUCACCAAUUUUCCAAUUGCGUUCCUUCCAAUCCCCUGACCAUCCAGCCAAACCAUUGGCCACAGCCCCCAUGAAUCAGUAUACAGUAUACAGUCACACACCUGGCCAUUUCUCCUUCCAAGCAAAGUGAACAACCAUGUGCAUUGCUUGAAGUUCUGCCCACUGGGAGGAUUUCCCUUCAACACUGUCCUUCAGGAAGGUCCCAGAAAGGGUCUGCAGUGCUGCUGCUGUCCACUUUUAAGUGGUGCCUGCAUAUCUCGUGGAACCAUCUGUAAGCCAGGCAGUUUUCUUCAGUCAGCAAGUCAUAAGGAACUCCCUACGAGGCCAUAGGUGCAGACUGGGAGAUGGAAGGUAAUGUGACAGGAGUGCAGACCAAGGAAGGGCAUUUGAGCCACUUCCUCAUGCAACUUACUUGUGCAUUCAUGUCCUGCUUGGGCCCGAUCUUAUAUGUACUAUUUCCAUUUAAUGAUGGAAUGCCACUGUGCACAUCCAAUUUUUAUGACUCUGUGGGUCAGACAACACCCAGUUCAUGAUGGGCAGCUCAGGCUGCAUGGUGACUUGGUGGCCCAUGGUUAAGGCUUCAGUCUCUACUGAGGCCCAAUAACAAGCCAAAAGCUGUUUCCCAAAAGGAAAGUAGUUAUCUGCAGAGGAUGGCAGGGCUUUGCUCCAAAAUCCUAAGGGUCUGUGCUGUGAUUCAUCAGUAGGGGCCUACAAUAGACUCUAAACAGCAUCUCCAUCUGCCACUGACACUUCAAGCACCAUUGGAUAAGUUGGAUCAUAUGGCCCUAGUGGCACAACCACUUGCACAGCAGCCUGAACCUGUUGAAGAGCCUUGUCUUGUUCUGGGCCUCACUGAAAACUAGCAGCUUUUCAAGUCAUUUGAUAAAUAGGCCAGAGUAGCACACUCAAAUUAGGGAUAUGUUGCCUCCAAAACCCAAAGAGGCCCAUCCAGUACUAUGCUUCCAGAUGUAACAACUUAUCCUUUACUUUAGAAGGAAUAUCUCCACAUGCCCCACACCAGUGGACUCCUAGAAAUUUCAAUGAGGUGGAAGGUACCUGAAUUUUGAGGGAUUAAUUUGUAACCUUCAAGCAUGCAAAUAUUUUACCAAUAAAUCCAGAGUCAUGGACACUUCUUCCUUACUAGUUCCAGUCAUCAUAAUAUCAUCAGUGGAAUGGACGUGUGCGAUGUCUUGUGGAGGGGAAAGACGAUCAAGUUCCUUGCGGACUAAAUUAUGACAUAAGGCUGGAGAGUUGAUAUACCUACUUCUGAGGUGGGACAGUGAAGGUGUAUUGCUGGCCUAGCCAGCUGAAGACAAACUGCUUCUGGUGUUCCUUCAAAAUAGGUAUGGAGAAAAAGGCAUUGGCCAGAUCAGUAGCUGCAUACUAGGUACCAGGAGAUGUAUUAAUUUGCUCAAGCAGUAAAACCACAUCUGGAAGAGCAGCUGCAAUGGAGUCACCACCUGGUUUUCAACAGUCCACUCAUUCUCCAAGAUCCAUCUAUUUUUUGCACAAACCAAAUAGGUGUGUUGAACGGGGUUGUGGCGGGAAUCACCACCCUUGCCUUUUUCAAGAUCUUGAUGGUGAAAUCCCUCCAGGAAUGCGGUAUUUCUUUUGGUUUACUAUUUUCUAGGUAGGGGCAGUUCUAAUGGCUUCCACUUGGCUUUUGCUACCAUAACAGCCCUUAUUUCACAUGUCAGAGAUCCAAUGUGAGGGUUCUGCAGUUGCUACGUAUGCCUUUUCCAAUUAUGCAUUCCGAAACUGGGGAAAUCACUAUCAGAUGGGCUCAGGGAUCCACUGGAUCCACUGUGAGAUGACCUGAGCUAAGACUCCAUUAAUGAUAUGACCUCCAUAUGCCCUUACUCUGACUAGUGGACCACAGUGAUGUUUUGGGUCUCCUGGAAAUAGUGUCAUAGCCAGUUUCCACUAAUCCCUGAAAAAUCUGAUUAUUCUCUUUUCCCCAAUGAACAGCCCCUCUCAUAAAAGGCCACGGAUCCCUUUGGGGAAGGCUGGGAGAAAGAUUAACAGUAUACAUUUUUGUCAGUUUAGUGUGGUCCUACCUCACGGGGACAUAUCCUCCCCUUCAUUCAAAGGGUUGUGGAUCUGUAAACUGGUUCAAGUCUGGAAAUUGAUUCAGGGGCUGUGACUCUAUUCUGGCAAUUCAAGUUAGACUGUCAUUCACUUAACCUAGAAUAUUUACAAAGUAAAUAGUCAGUUUCCUAGCUAUUCCACUCCUAGGGACACCAUUCAUGGUUGGGAAUUCAAUUGGCAUUGUAAUUCAGCCACUCUUACGAUAAGACUCUGGGUUUGGUUUUCAUCAAUAUUAUCUCUGUAACUAUAAGAAAUAAGGCUUUCUUUCAGAUCUUGUAUGCAGUACUUGAAUUGCAGCUCUGAAGCUUUGAAGUCAUUCCUUUCUUUCACUACUUUGUCUAGUGAAAAUAGACCCAACCAACCAGCUUCCUUAUACUUCUCAUUCUGACAAAAUUGUAGAAAAGAAUCAAAUAUGUAAUCAUCCAGAGCCUUGUCUCCCACAAAUAUCUGAUCCACUGGUGGUGAUACUUUGCAUAUUUCUAUUGCAAUCUCAUACCACAGAUUAACAGUGUCCUCUUUACUACUGGAGGCAGAGUCAUCAGGCCUUCAAGGCUAGCCAGACUUGAGAGGCAAUACGGAAAGCUCAUCCUUAUUAUUUUGUUCCUCUAGAACCACUCUUGGCACUGAAUGUUGUAGGCUGGGUUCUCUAGAGGAGCAAAACCAGUGAAGCAUAUAUAGAGAGAGAUUUAUUUCAAGGAAAUGCCUCACACAGUUGUGGAGGCUGGCAAGUCCCAAACGUGGGUUAGGCAUCAGGCUGGAGGUUCCUCCUGAAUCACAUGGUUGCGGGGGUUGACGAACCCAAAAUCUGCAGGUCAGAUGGCAGGAUGCUGGCUCAUAGGGCUGUGGGAGCUGAUGAAUUCCAAAACCCGCAGAUCAUAUGGCCGGCUGCUGGCUCAAGUCCCAAGAACCAGAUGUCAGAGGAUGAUAAGUUGGAUGCAGGAUCGAGAGAGAUCAAGCUUUGCCAAAACAUCCAUAUAUAUUGAAUGUGGGCCACACUCCCAAGGAAACUCGCUUUUCAAUUGAUUGGCUGUUCAUAACAGAUCACAUCAUAGAAGGUGAUUACAUCAUAUCUGCUGAACCACUGAGUAUCAUGGCCUAGCCAAGUUGACACAUAACCUUAACCAUCUCAGUCUUUUAGCCAGAAAAAAUAAUAGACUCUCCAAAAGGGCUUCUUGACUUCAUAUUAGGUGUUCCUUCUUUGUAUUUUGUCAGUUUUCUCUUAUUUUGCUUAGUAGGUCACUACAUACCAAGGACCACACCCCUGAUCCUAAUUAGCACUUCACACAGCAUAACAAUCCCUUCUGUCUUUAGUUUGAUCAUAGGAUUCCUAAAAUAAAUCAAUCAAAUGGGUAAUAAGUUCCUCUGUGCAUUAUUCACUUAUAUAUUAAAACUUAAUUUGGGGGGCCGCUCUCUCCCACACUACUGUUUAAACUCCUUAUUCCUCAUGAGGUUGGUAGAAUUUUUCUGCAAAGGCACGUUGUAAACUGAAAAGGUUUUCUUAUCUAGUGGGAUCCCGUCUGACUCACAUUAUCUGAUCGACUGUGGUUGAAGGUUAAAUGUUUAAACCACACCAGUUAUACCAUUGUUCCAGGAUUUGAAUUGAGUACAAUCAAAAGACUUUUCAAAACAACUCAAACCAAGCAGAGUCCCCAAUUUGUUCUCUAAAACUAAAUAUAUUAGCCUUGUGGUGACCAAAUAUUGAUCUAAUAACUACAUGAAAGCAAAGAGAUCUAACUACCCUCUAAGCACUUACCACUUUAAUGAAAUUUCUCAAAACCCUCCCAGAGAGCAACUGUUUCAGCAGUGCCUUCACUGAAGUAGAAAAGGGGUAUGUAUUAAAACCAAAACAUCCAUUGCUGUACAGUAGAUUUCGACUUAUAAUGACCCUAUAGGACAGAGUAGAACUGCCCCAUAAGGUCUCAGGGCUGUAAUCUUCAUGGAAACCAACUGCGGCAUCUUUCUCCCACAGAGUGGCUGGUGGGUUCAAACCACCAAUCUUUUGGUUAGCAGCUGAACACUUAAACACUGUGCCACCAGGGCUCCUCGGUAUGUGUUAACCAAAACCAAAAACCCAUCACUGUCAACUCGAUUCCAACUCAUAGUGACCCUAUAGGACAUAGUAGAACUGCCCCAUAGGGUUUCCAAAGACCAGCUGGUGGAUUGGAACUGCCGACCUUUUGGUUAGCAGCCAAGUUCUUAACCCCUGUGCCACCAGGGCUCUGAACCAUAUCAAGCAGAGUAAGCAGUGGAGAGCAGAAAGGGCUGCUCUUUUAGACAGAGCAAGGCCACAGGGGAAGCCAUUUGUCUAGGGACUGGAAUGAAGUGAGGGAAGAAGCCAUGCAAACAUCUGAAGAACAGCCAGCCAGCAGACAGAGCUUAUGUAUAAUGGCUCUGAGGGAGAACCUAGCAAGGAUGCCUGAGUGGCUGCAGCCAAGUGGGCAAGCAGGAGUAGUCAGGGGCCAGAUUGCAUGAUGUUUUGUGGACCACAGAAAGGACUUGGGAUUUUAUUCCAAGUGUGACAAAUAGUCAUUAGAGGAUUUUGAGUGCUGUAUCUGAUUUAUGUUUUAAAAAGAAGAUCACUCUGGUUACUAUGUGGAAAACAGUAGAAGGGGCAAAUACAGAAGCUGGGAGAUAAGUCAGGACUGUCAUGAAACAGGAUGAUGUCUGGAGGUGGUGAGGUGGUGAGAAUGAUCAGAUUCUGGACAUAUCAAGAAGGAGGAUAUAUUAACAAUGAUUGAUGUUGUUGUUAGGUGCCGUUGAGUUGGUUCCAACUCAUAGCGACCCUAUGUACAACAGAAUGAAACACUGCCCAAUCCUGCGCCACCCUCACAAUUGUUAUGCUUAAACCCAUUGUUGCAGCUGUUGUGUCAACUCAUCUCAUUGGGGGUCUUCGUCUUUUUCCUUUACUUUACCAAGCAAGACUGAUCCCUCCCGAUAACAUGUCCAAAGUAUGUGAGAAGCAGUCUCGCCAUCCUCGCUUCUAAGGAACAUUCUGACCAUACUUCUUCCAAGAUAGAUUUCAUUCUUUUGGCAGUCCAUGGUAUAUUCAAUAUUCUUCGCCAACACCAUAACUCAAAGGUGUCAAUUCUUCUUCUGUCUUCCUUCCUCAUUGUCCAGAUUUUGCAUGCAUAUGAGGUGAUUGAAAACACCAUAGCUUGGGUCAGGAGUGCCUUAGUCUUCGAGGCAACAUCUUUGCUUUUUAAUACUUUAAAGAGGUCUUUUGCAGCAGAUCUGCCCAAUGCAUUGUGUCAUUUGAUUUCUCGACUGUUGCUUCCAUGGCUGUUGAUUGUGGAUCCAAGUAAAAUGAAAUCCCUGACAACUUCAAUCUUUUCUCUUUUUAUCAUGAUGUUGCUUAUUGGUCCAGUUGUAAGGAUUUUUGUUUUCUUUACGUGGAGGUGUAAUUCAAACUGAAGCCUGUGGUCUUUGAUCUUCAUCAGUAACUGCUUCCAGUCCUCUUCACUUUCAGCAAGCAAGGUUGCGUCAUCUGCAUACUGAAGGUUGUUAAUGACUCUUCCUCCAAUCCUGAUGCUCUGUUCUUCUUCACAUAGUCCAGCUUCCCAGGUCAUUUGUUCAGCAUACAGAUUGAAUAAGUAUGGUGAAAUGAUACAACCCUGAUGCACAGUUUUCCUGACUUUAAACCACAAAGUAUCCCCUUGUUCUGUUCAAAUGACUGCCUCUUGAUUUAUGUACAGGUUCCACAUGAGAACAAUUAAGUGUUCUGGAAUUCCCAUUCUUCGAAAUGUUAUCCAUAAUUUGUUAAUGAUGCACACAGUCAAAUGCCUUUGCAGAGUCAAUAUAACACAGGUAAAACAUCUUUCUGAUAUUCUCUGCUUUCAGCCAGUAUCCAUCUGACAUCGGCAGUGAUAUCCUCGUUCCACAUCCUCUUCUGAAUCCAGCUUGAAUUUCUGGCAGUUCCCUAUUGAUGUACUGCUGCAACUGCUUUUGAAUAAUCUUCAGCAAAAUUUUACUUGGUAGAUGGAUUGUAAGUAACCCACCCAGUGCCUUCGAGUCGAUUUCGACUCAUAGCGACCCUAUAGGACAGAGUAGAACUGCUUCAUAGAGUUUCCAAGGAGUGCCUGGCAGAUUCGAACUGCCGACCUUUUGCUCUUUACUGAAGAAUUUGCCAUUUCAAAAUAACAUGUGCAGAUGAUCAGAAGAUAGAAGAGCAAGACAUGUUUGGCCAAAACACAAGAUUGAAAUCAAAGUAAUUCACUUUAUUAUAAUGAAGUCAAUGGAUGGGCCACUCUUACGUCCUUUAUUUUGUAUGUAUCUCAGAAGAAAUGGACAGGAUGCAGCCUUUGCCCAUCUCAUUUAUACCGAGUCCUUUUCUGUUGUCCAAACUGUCAUUUGACACUUGCAACACACUGGCUUACUUUUCAUACUGAGGUAAGAGACUCUUUUGCCUUCUUGAUAAAUGUACCUUUAAUUUUUUUUUUUUCCCAGCUAGAAAUCAUCAACAAGCUGAAUUCAUUUAUCUGGUAUCACUUUACACUUUUGAAGCAUGUCCAAAGUAGUGAGGACUGAGAGGUUGGUUACCUUGCAGGAGUUCCACGUUAUGUAGAAUCUUGAUUAAAAGCAAAGCCUCUGUCCCUAGUGAGAAAAUGUGGAUUUGAAUUCUCACCCCACCACUUGCUAGCUCCUUGACCUUGGAUGAGUUACUAAAUCUCUCUAAGCCUC